UUUUUUUAUGUGUUGUUUGUUUUCUUGUUUGUUUGCUUUUUUGUUUAAUUUAGUCUUCCCCCUAGGGACUGUAUUAACCAAUAUCUUUCAUUUGGGUAAUAACAUUUUUCAGCGUAGUCUUACAGUUAUUUGGCACUUUAGUUCAUUUAAGACAUACAAGUAAAGAAUACAAACAUUUUAUUAGUUUUAUUAUUUAACUUAAGGAAUUAUUAUCUUGGUUAGGUUAACAAAACUCAAAUGCGGUAUAUAGUUGUCCACUCGCAUGACUUAGUGUUAUCAACUAGGUUGAUGACAUAAAUAAUGUCCAAUGUAAAGAGUUUCAAAGUUGACAUUUCAAGCAUCAGAACCCUUGCUCUGACACCAUAAAGAGUGUCAUAGCUUACUUCUGAACGUUAGCCCUUUGUUGUAUGCUCUGAUGAAGGGCUAUUGCUCAAAAGUAAGCUUUCGGACACUCUUUACCGUGGCCAAUUAAUAUUACACAGUCGAUCAUACUAAAUUACCCUGUUAUACUCUCCCACCAAUGCAGCAACAUAGUUUCUUUAGAAACAUACCCACCUUCACUCUUAUAAUUGUUCUUUUUUUACCUAUUUUGAUUGAAUUGUGUUUGCAGAGAGGUGAGGUUCAAAUAAAGGAAUACUUUUUAAGAAUAUUUCUGAUACAUUGACAGGGUGAUAAUUUUGGGAGCAUUUCUUUUUGGCUUUUCAUUUAAAUCUCAUUUUUUCCUUUCAUUUUGUAAAAGAGUCCUUGAGAGUAACAAAAUUCACAAAUGACUAUAAGCAUUGUAAAAAUAAUUACAAAUAUUUCUCAUGUGGAUUCAAUUAAAGGGCUGGGUUUUCAUCAUCAAGUUGUAUACCCUAUUGAAUGCAAAAAUUAAGAACAGGAAUAAUUCAGAUGAAAGCUCUUUAGCGAUAAACCAUAUUCACAGGGAUAAGGAAGAGAAAAAAAUCGAGAAAGUAGUUAAGCGUGUUAUACUUUUGUAUGUACCUGAUGCGGACCUAAUUUGUUCAAUUUAAAUUGUAACCAAUAUGGCCUCCUUCCUGACUAUCAAUGAUGACUGCCUUUGCAGAAUUAUUUCCUUUUUGGACGAUCCGGUUUCGUUUCACAGCGUUGCUGUCUCCUGUAAGAGGGUUCAACAGGUGAUUAACAACACUCGGAGCAUUCUCCAUCCAAAGUUGCUGCGAGUAAAAGCUGAAUAUUACAUAAAAUGCUACCUUGUGGAAAUCACCGAUGACGAGAGCGACUAUGGCUACAACAAGUUUAGCGAUUUGGAAGAUAUUUUCUCCAAUGCUGCGCGCCUUACAGCAGCUAAGGAAUUCCUUACUUAUGCAAAAGUAGUAAAUGCUUGGAAGAGAAACGGACCCGUGGCAGCUAAAUUGUUGACAUGGAUCAGAAAUCAGGAGAGUAGCACAGAAGAAAGCGAACUGGGAGAGACUUGUUUUACCGAAUAUCUAAGUGUCACGUUGCAUUUGCCAGGCUGUGACAAGGACUUAAGGAUCGAUACCACCAUCUUUUACGAUCACAGCGGUGAUAACGACGGCGAGUUGACCAUUCAAGUAACUUGUGGAGAUUUGGAUGUAAAGUCAGAAGGCAGAGUACCAUUUUGUGAGAGUUACAUCCGCUAUUGCCCUAGCGAUUAUGAGUUUUGGAAAGAAAAAGAAGUUCAAGCAGUGGUUAAACCAAUGAAACCAGUCGUGGAACUCCUGCAGAAGGAGCUUGGUGAGACAGUUCCUCCGAUGACAAACAAUUUUUUUGUCUGGUUGUGUUACUUCUUUCCACACCAGAGAACCUUGGCAACAGAACACAAGCUUAGUUUUGAAGACCCAUCUAGGAAUGUAACACCCACCCCUGAGGAUGUUCAGCCAGCUAUGGAUCUGUUUCAUCAGAACCUUCAAGCUGAUACCAGCUUGAAAAACUUGGUUUCUGGAUGGAAUGAUCCUGAUUCAAACCUCUCCAGUCUGAUUGCCCAAAUUAUGGCAGUCUUGAUCCAGAGAUCAGAGACAGAAUUCUUUGAAAAGCUUCAAAGGGAUACCAAUGUCUUUUAUGAGAUUGCAUCAGACCUUAAGCAGAAACUACUCCCCAAACCACUUGUGCAGGACUUACUUUUGCGAACAGAGCUUGUGUCUAGUGAUUACGACCCUGGUUCAAUUGCAGACAAGUUUGUACAAGGUGAAGCUUCAUUCAGGUUUUCAGGAGGUAAAGUUGUGACAGCUGCAGGUGGCAUGCAUGGGGAUGGGGCAAGCUCCCCUACUUGGAGUGAAUUGGAGCUUACAGUCACCCUACCGGAUGGCAAAUUAUUGGAGCUGGAUGCAACCUGCAGAUAUUGGAGUGAACCUCUUCAAGUUGAAAUGUUGAGUCCAGUUACUGAGCUAUUUCAGCAGAGUGUGAAUAAAUGCAUGGAAGGAGAGGAGCACAUCCCCAAGUUAGAUGACCACUUUACAGCCUCUUAUCUUUUGCAUGCCAUGAAGUUUGGCACAGAAGAUCAAACAUUCCUUUGAAGAAAAGACAUGACAAGAAUCUGAUCCAUACAUAGUCUAGUGAGGAAGGAUCAUAUGAAGAGAGUGAAGAGAGGAACAUAGUGAUUCAUGAACAAUAAACUUUUCACCUACUUUAUGACUUUUAACAGUAUUUUAAUCAUAAGGACAGUUGAAAUUAGUCAACAUAACAGUGCAAGGACUUUGACUGUAUUAACAACCUCAGUAAAUGUACUGAGAACAGUAUGGAGAAGAUGCAUACCGAUAAUGGUUUAAAGGGUUAAUGUCAGUUUUGCGGCUUUGUUUAUUUUAGUCUUCCCCCUAGGGGUUGAUGUACAUCAGCCAAAAUCUUUCAUUUGGGUGAUAAGACUUUUCAGCACAGUCUCACAGUCAUUUGGCCAUUCAGUUCAUUUAACACAGAAAAGUAAAGAAUAUAAACAUUUUAUAAAUUUUAUUAA